AUGACAUAUGUGAGAAAUAUUCUGGAUGAGGAAUGGAAAAGGAUGAAAGAUUCAUUGCAAGACCUCAACAGAGAGCAGGUUAAUAACAAAGAGCUCCAAGAGAAUCGCCAAGAUUUGAUGCAGGGUUUCGAGAACAUGCCGAUUAGUGGCGGCACCAUUGUUGGAAUAAAAAGGACGGGCUUAAGCUGCAAGGUUGGUCUCGUAUUGGCAGGAAGAAAUACAGAAGCCACCAUGGCGUCCAUUUACGACUAUUCAGGUCAAUGA